AUGGAAUCUGUGAAAAGAGCCAACCAGCGGCUUCGCAGUUAUCCGCUGAUGAUGGCAAAGUGCUCAGUUGCUGCAGCGGCUUACGCUACGUGCGUAACAAUCGAUCUUAACGUAGCGCAUCGGUCUUGCGAUAAAGAGUUUGACAACUUCAAAGAGUGCAUGCGGAAAGCCGCUAUCGAAAUGAAAACAAAACUGUAG